CCGACCCUGGAAGUCCUUCUACUCCAUCCACUUUAUAAAUUGAAUUCUACGACGGUCUGAUCCAUAUGCAAUAUCAAAGCUCCUACCUUCCUUUUUAAGGAUCUUUUCCAAGUUCAAGGCUUAUUAGCUUUUACCAAGAUGAACAAUCCCACGCAAGGAUCACAGCCUCUGUACCCCUCCUUAUCCUCCCCCACGGCUAAGGGAUCAGCAGAGUCUUCUCAUGAUCACCAAGCAUCAUUAUCCUCGUCUCCAGCCAAACAAGAAACACAACAACCUCAUGAACCGCCUCCAUCAUCCUCGUCUCCACCACUGUGCGAGGACAGCUCUCAGAAAUGGCCGGGGACUCACAUCAUGGGCCAACCUGCUGUUCCCACAUGCCAUCCAGACAACCAGAAGGCGGCUUUAUGGGGUGCCGGCGAUCAAGCUCAGUACCACCAUCACCCUUAUCUCCAGUUCAAUCCUAUUGACAAGUCAAGCAACAGUCCCAUGGAAUCCAUUCUCCACAAGUUCAACUCUUGGAGCAGCAAGGCCGAAUCUAUGGCCAACAACAUCUGGCAGAACCUCAGAACCAACUCCUCUGUUUCUGGGGCGGCAUGGGGGAAAAUGAAUUUGACCGCGAAAGCAAUCACAGGAGGUGGGUUUGAGUCGUUAUACAAGCAAACAUUCACAACUUAUCCAAAUGAGAAACUGAAGAAGACGUUCGCAUCUUAUUUAUCAACCUCAACCGGACCGGUUGCCGGAACUCUAUAUCUUUCCGAUGCUCAUGUAGCUUUCUGCAGCGACCGCCCAUUAUCAUUCACUGCACCGUCUGGACAGGAGACCUGGAGCUACUACAAGGUUAUGAUACCUUUGGGCAAGAUCGGCGCCAUCAAUCCUGUAGUCAUGAGGGAAAAUCCAUCAGAAAAAUACAUUCAGGUCAUUACAAUUGAUGGGCAUGAUUUUUGGUUCAUGGGUUUUGUCAAUUUUGACAAAGCAUCCAAGCAUCUCUCAGAAAGCAUCUCCAUUUUUGUAGCAUCUGGGAUAGCAGUAAAACCAGUGGUUGCAUAACAGAAGAGAAGAGUGAGUGACUAAUAUUGCUGGAUUCUUCACUUUCCUUCACUGCUGCAUGUGUGCCAAUGCAUGUGUCUUUGUCUAGAGGGAAGAUUUAUCUUCGCUACUAGUAGUACUAUUUUUUUUUUUUUUUUAAUUUUUUUUUGGCUUGUUUUAAUACAUUGGCAUCGUUUCAUUAGGUUGUAUUAAUAUAAAAAAAA